UUUGCCCUGUCCGCCCGACUCCCCGCCUCUCCUCGCCGACACUCCAGGUUCUUUCUCUCAUCCUUCGCUCAAGAGUGCUUUUUGCCUAGGACUCGAACCGGCAAAUCUGACAGCUGGCUGCAGAUUAUCGAUUCUUUUAUGUUGCCAAGUAACGAGGCCUGAAACCCCAUGAUGCGAGUCAUUUCACAGUCCGUUGUCCCACGCGACAUUACGGAUGACUUCACGCAAGCUGCCUCAAAAUUGCGGACUGGGCAGCUAGUUAAGGAUGAGUACUUCACGUUGUUUGAGGCAGUGGGCGCACUGGAGAUUAUGGACUCAAAAAUGGACAGUGGAUAUCUUGGACCUGGACCCAGCGAUGCGCAAGCUUUAGAAGACGUCUACGAUACCACGCGGGAGCUGGCUCCGGAGCAGGUGAUAGGGAUAAUGGACGAGUUGCUAUGCCAUGAGAUGGCAUGGCAUAUGGGGCAUCCCCUCUCGCAAACACUCUUUACAUCCUUGUACCUCGAUAAGCUGCUUUGGCCUAUACCGAAAACCAUUGAAGAAGCACAUUUUUGUCGUCCGGACUCGCCUACGAAUGAGGUAGAGUCGGGAAUGGUACAUCUUGUGCUACGUGCAUAUUGUCUCGCGCUGAUCAAGUGCUGCGAUUUUGUUCAUGGACGAGUCACAAGCGAGUACUUUUACGAGGAGGAAGACUUUGUCACCCAACUGUACAACCGCAGUCUGCUGUCGCAGUUCGACCAUGAGUAUUUCUGCAAUCUCUUGGACCGGGCCAUUUCGUGGAUUGAUGGACAAGGGAACAGUGUCGAUGGAAAAAUCAAAGAAGCAAUAAAAUGCCGGUUGCUCUUUCGGCGUGAGUUCCUUCUCAGUUUGGACCAGGAUAUCAAUGUCUUAGAGAGUCGUUCGACUAGUCACUUCUCGUCUUGUUUGUUGCAAUUGAGCCCUAUAGCCGACUCGUUGUCAUUGGGAAGACCUGUACCCGAAGCGUUCAGUUGGAAGGUCCAACGAAAACUCGCCAGCACAGUACCUCCUCGACCAAUGGUGAACAUAAGCUUCGAGGAUGCGCUGGCGCACUUGAAACGGGUGUGUCAAGACGCUAUCGACCUUGUGGAGGUCCUUGAUUACUGUGGACCCUAUAACCUCAAAGUGGCCGUCUGGACUCUACUGUCUAGGAAGCCUCAGCCGUCAGUUUAUAUCCGAUCACUCCUCCAGUCUAUGAUUAUGAACAAUGUGACGGUCCUGGGAGCUGUGCCAGUCAAGCAGUUCUUGUAUGACGAGCUCGCGGAAACUGUCCUUCCUUUUAGUGCGCUUCUCCAAGCCAACAAAGACGAGACUGAGGUGCCAUCCGAUCCUCGCUUUCAAAUAGCCAGUCACAUGGACGCCUUUGUCAAACGUUUCGCUCAGCCAUUUGUGGACACCUUCCGAAGUGCGUGCCUCAACCGUUGCCGUAUUCGUCGGACAGUUUGUCAUACGAUUGUUGACUGGGAUAACCUACAGAUGGAGGCCGAAGAUCUUGAUGAACAGCUUCGCACGUUGAACAAUGAGCCUCCGCUCAUGCUCCAAAAUGGCGACGCUACCUACUCGUAUCCCCUGAGCAGCUGGGCCUACCAUCAGAAGCUGAAUCAAUUCCGGCUCAUUCUUCAACUAGGAUUCGAACUCUCCAUCUAUUCUCCAGAAGAACUGCCAGGGAUGUACUGGUACUUGUCCCACAUCUGCUCCACCCAUCUCGGCCAUAUUGACCGAAUCCGCACUUUUACUGUCGCUACAGCCAAGCGCAACCUGACCGCUCUGGCUGGAAAGAAACGUGACGCCGCUGAGCGACAUGCCUCUUUACAGAAUACGCUCCGCCUUCUCGAGAGACUUACUACGCAAAUAGUUGCCGUGGAUGCCUUUGCUAUAUCUUUACAUGCGCUGUAUGUCCUUCUGGCUCGUCAUGAAGUUUUGCCUACGGCAUCUGCCGCACAGGCGUACUCCAGCGAACAAUUGCGGUACGAACUCCGCAUGAAGCCCUUCUUACCGAUUACUUUGCCGGAACUCGUUCCCUUUGAAGAAUACCACCGGGAGGCUAUCCUGGAAGGCGAUAGUGAUGAGAUCGUACUGGACCGUGCCACAAAAGCCAUAUCUGAAGCACGCAAAGCCUGGGAAGCCACCCUCGCUAACGGGGCGUUUACCCGCGAUUCUCAGAGCCUGGUGAAUCGAACACCGGCCAUUGAAGAGGAUUGGAAAAAGGAUAUCAAGAAUACGAUGCGGGCCUGUAUCGGGGCUAGUAUUGCUAUUGAAACCGUGAAAAAGGUGCUGACUGCGCGCGGUUCAUCCAACGACGCCCGCGCUAGCCAACCCGUGAGCCUUCAGGUGAGUAUUCCUGAGAUGGGUACCAAGGCGCGUUGGCAUGAUUGGUGGGUUGUCCCCCAAGUUUCUCAGACUCCUAGCGGCGUGAAGUCAUGAAACAUUGGCGGUGUGUGUUAUCUACUUGGGUUGUCGUCCUGAUGUGAUCAUGAUUGCCAUUUGAAAAGGAUAUCUGUCAUUCUUUCUGCCAUGUAUGAUGGAUCAUGAAGUUAUGUAUAUAGAGUAUGGAUG